AUGUACCGCAGGUUUUUCACCACCGCUCAUAAGCAAGCUGCCCCACAUAGUCCCAACCUAGCUUUGAGUUCAUUCAUCGCCUCACCUGUUGUCCCUCCAUAUAAUUCCCUUUUCUUAAAAUCUCAAAACCCUGCUGAUCAUAGUAGGCCAUCCCUUCAUUUAAUCUCUUUGCAAAAUUCUGUUGACAAGUACAAAUUAUCUCAACCUCAACUCCAAGUUCCACCCUCCUCUGAAGUAUAUGAAUUUCUUGUCAGUCAAUACCAAAAUUCGUGUAGCUUGGACGACGCUAAGAAGUUCCAUUUGCAAAUUCUUAAGAACGGGUUUACUAGCGAUGUGUAUUUAUACAAUACCCUUAUCAAUGUCUAUGUUAGGAUUGGGAACUUGGCUUCUGCGAGUAAGCUGUUUGAUGAAAUGCCUGAAAGGAACUUAGUUACAUGGGCUAGUUUGAUUUCAGGAUAUACCAAGAAUGGCUUGCUAAAUGAGGCAUGUUUACAUUUCAAAAGGAUGAUUUCUGCUGGAUUUUGUCCCAGUCAUUAUGCUUUUGGUAGUGCUCUUCGAGCUUGUCAGGAGUCUGGACCAUCAAGACUUAAACUAGGUAUGCAAAUUCAUGGGUUAAUCUCCAAAACAUGGUAUGGUUCAGACGUGGUUGUUGGCAAUGUGUUGAUUUCAAUGUAUGGAAAUUGUUUGGGUUCUAUGGAUGAUGCACACCAUGUUUUUGAUGAGAUACAGAUAAAGAAUUUAGUUUCAUGGAAUUCUAUCAUUUCUGUUUAUUCCCAUAGAGGAGAUUCAGUUUCUGCUUUUGAACUUUUCUCUAGUAUGCAAAGGCAAGGUUGUGGGUUUACUUUGAAGCCCAAUGAGUUUACUUUUGGCAGCUUAAUAACUGCUGCUUGCUAUUCGGGCAAUCAUAGUUCGAUCCUAUUAGAGCAAAUGCUGGCCAGAGUGAAGAAAUCCGGAUUCUUAAAUGAUUUAUAUGUUGGUAGUGCUUUGGUCAGCGGAUUUUCAAAGUUUGGAUUACUUAAUUAUGCUUUAAAGAUUUCUGAGCAGAUGAGCGAGAUAAAUUCUGUCUCUAUGAAUGGAUUAAUGGUUGGUUUAGUGAGACAAAAGCGGGGAGAAGAAGCAACUGAAAUUUUUACAUACUUGAAGAACUUGGUUGGAGCAAAUCUUGAUUCAUAUGUGGUUCUCUUAAGUUCGUUUUCUGAAUUUUCUGAUUUGAAGGAAGGAAAGAGAAAGGGUCAAGAGGUUCAUGCAUAUGUAAUCCGGAAUGGUCUUGUAGACAUCAAGGUUGCUAUUGGAAAUGGGCUUGUUAAUAUGUAUGCUAAAUGCGGUGCUAUUACUGAUGUUUGCUCAGUUUUCAGACAAAUGACUGACAAAGAUUUAGUCUCAUGGAACACCAUGAUAUCUGGUCUUGAUCAGAAUGACUGUUUUGAAGAUGCAGCAAUUAGUUUUUGUGCAAUGAGAAGAUUUGGAUUGAGUCCUUCAAAUUUUACAUUAAUUAGUGCUCUGAGUUCGUGCGCAAGUUUGGGAUGGAUCUUGCUCGGAAAACAAAUACAUGGUGAAGGAGUUAAAUUAGGACUUGAUCUGGAUGUUUCAGUUUCAAAUGCCCUUCUUUUGUUGUACGCUGAGACAGGGUGUCUUAAUGAAUGCCAGCAAGUUUUCUUCUUAAUGCCAAAGUAUGACCAAGUAUCAUGGAACACUAUAAUUGGCGCUUUAGCCGAUUCUGAAGCCUCAAUUUUAGAUGCCGUAGAAUAUUUCAUUAACAUGAUGCGAGCUGGAUGGUCGCCAAAUAGAGUAACUUAUAUGAGCAUUCUUGGAGCAGUUUCUUCUCUUUCACUUAGCAAGCUUGUUCAACAAAUUCAUGCUGUAGCCUUAAAACACCCUGUUUUAAUUGAUCGUGCUAUUGAGAAUGCACUUUUGGCUUGCUAUGGAAAGUGUGGACAGAUGGAUAACUGUGACAAGAUUUUCUCUAGAAUGUCAGAAAGGCGGGAUGAAAUAAGUUGGAAUUCCAUGAUUUCUGGUUAUAUACACAAUGAAGACUUGCCUAAGGCCAUAGAUAUGGUUUGGUUUAUGAUGCAGAGGGGUCAAAGGUUGGACUCUUUUACUUUUGCUACUGUCCUCAGUGCUUGUGCCUCGGUUGCAACAUUAGAGCGUGGCAUGGAAGUUCAUGCUAGUGGUAUCAGAGCUUGUUUAGAAUCUGAUGUCGUAGUUGGAAGUGCACUUGUUGACAUGUACGCGAAGUGUGGACGAAUAGAUUAUGCUUCAAGAUUUUUUGAAUUGAUGCCAGUGAGAAAUGUGUAUUCUUGGAAUUCCAUGAUAUCAGGGUAUGCUCGCCAUGGACAUGGAGAUGAAGCUCUGAAGCUUUUUACACAAAUGAAGCAACAUGGUCAAUUACCAGAUCAUGUCACGUUUGUGGGAGUAUUAUCAGCUUGUAGUCAUGUAGGUUUGGUGGAUGAAGGUUACAAACAUUUUAAAUCGAUGGGUGAAGCAUAUGGAUUGGCUCCUCGGAUGGAGCAUUACUCAUGUAUGGUUGAUCUUCUUGGGCGUGCAGGUCAACUUAAUAAGAUAGAGGACUUUAUAAAUAAAAUGCCUUUCAAGCCUAACAUCCUUAUAUGGAGGACAAUAUUAGCAGCCUGCUCGCGAGCUAAUGGUCGUUAUACAGAGUUAGGACAAAGGGCUGCUGCUAUGCUUUUGGAGUUGGAGCCCCAAAAUGCAGUGAAUUAUGUUCUUCUUGCUAACAUGCAUGCAUCUGGGGAAAAGUGGGAGGAUGUAGCAAAGGCUAGAGUGGCCAUGAGGAAGGCAGAAGUGAAGAAGGAAGCUGGGUGUAGUUGGGUUACAAUGAAGGAUGGGGUUCAUGUUUUUGUAGCUGGAGACAAAUCACACCCGGAGAAAGAAUUGAUAUACAAGAAAUUGAAGGAACUUAACAGGAAAAUGAAGGAUGCUGGCUAUGUCCCUGAAAUAAAAUUUGCACUGUAUGAUCUUGAGGCGGAAAAUAAGGAAGAAAUCCUGAGUUAUCAUAGUGAGAAGCUUGCAGUUGCUUUUGUUCUCACUCGGAAAUCAGAGUUGCCUAUUAGGAUUAUGAAAAAUCUCCGCGUUUGUGGUGAUUGCCACUCUGCCUUCAAAUAUAUAUCUAAAAUUGUUGGUCGCAAAAUAGUAUUGCGAGAUUCACACAGAUUUCAUCAUUUUGAGGGCGGUCAAUGUUCAUGUGGAGAUUACUGGUAAUAGCUGUGGUGAGAUCUGUGCAUGGAGACUUUUGUACUGAUUUCAUCAUUUUGGUGAUGGUAUAACUUCGUGUGGGAAUUUCUACUGUUUGCACAGGUUAGAUCUAUAUUUUAGUGACAUUGGUACGGUUGAUAGUAUGGAUUUUUCAUUGGUAUGACACGACAAUACAUGUUCUUCCGCUUGUUUUUGGAACAAACCGCAGUCAAUGACAA